GCACCAUUUCUCUAACGAUGGAACAUUAGGAAGGAGGACAGAAAAAAACCACAGAGUCUGAACAGCAAGGCAGAUAUUGCACUUUUCCUGUAUUCACACUGGGAAACCACUAUCAUACCGCCUCGUAUCGCGUCCCUGACAAAAAUGGAUAAGUACAAACUGGGAAUCCGGGCUGAUGCGGCAACAUCAACAUUAAAACAACUUGAUGGAGAAAACUAGAGGAGUCCCUUUAAGAUGACACGCACCGACCCACCUGACAUACUGGUAUCAACUGUGUAUCAAGAUAUAAAAGUGAUCCCCAUUUCUUCACACUACAAGUCCUUGCAACCCUCCAAACAAUGUGAUCCUAUAAAUUACAACACACUGAAGGGCAGUAAAAUCAAAGACAUUAAGAGGCACUGCCGUACCUUUGACUAUAAGUCACUGGAGUAUCCAAAAUCACACAAAUACUCAAUGGAGUCCCCAUACAGGAAGGCUGAUAGGCAGGCAGCAAACCCGGAUGCUGCCUGGAAUGCCUUGGGCCGCCAGCAGAGAUACCGCUUUUCUGCUCCAGACAUUUUUAGCCAUAGGUUAACUCCUCAAUUAAUGGCUGUAGAUAUGGCCAGUGAAGUAGCUGUCCCAGAACAAAAAAGGAGAACUAGAUCAAAAAGCGCCCCUCGCGUCCAGACCAGUCUUACCCCUGUGUCUUUUGAAGGGUCCUCACCUUCAGAGAGGAAGAGCAGGGAAUCCCAGAGGGCUCGAAGAGACACUUGCUGGAGACCAGAAGUAUCACCACGUAGGGAGUCAUCCUAUUUAGCAACUAGGGCUCAUAUGCAUGAAGUACAUCCCAUUAGGUUGCAGCCUCAAAUGAGUGAUGGCAGCAGAUAUUCACCUCACUAUGUUACUGAUAAUUCUGAGGAUGGAGGGCUAGACAAACCAGCCACUAGUCCUCAUGUCAGGUGUCGGGUGGACAUUAAACCCGAUGAUGCAGCAUUACAUCAUUCAGGACGGAAACAGGAUACACCUCAAGUGGACAUACCUUGGCAGAAGCACCGCAGUGGGGACAGUAGGAGUCGGACUGUGCCGCGGCAUUUCUCCUAUUCUAGAACACCAACUCCCACUGACUCAUUAGGUACAGAGAGCAGGCAAGCUUAUCAAUAUUCCCACAGCAUGCCAAAUAGUUACUUACAACCCAUGGAGAUUCCCUUGCAAAGAAUGCCUUCAUCAGGUAAUUACUCUGGUAGAGAACGCAGAGCUCAUUCCAGUCCUAAUGUUCCAACCAAGUUCUUUUAUGCAGAUGACCCAGGAAGAUAUGUUACUACUGCUCCUCCUCAACCACGUUCUUACUUUCAUGAUGAACGUUACACACCAGGACAAACAUAUACUCCAAAAGUACAAUAUGUGCAAGAUCCAAGGACUCAAAUGGUGCAUGCUGUGGCUACAAGACCCUAUUAUCCUGAGAUGGAGCACUAUUCAUACUCUGUGCAGACAGGAUAUCCCAAACCCUAUGCAGCAACUGAACCUGGACCAUACAUCAUACAGACACCACCAACUAGAAUGUUUUAUGGGGAUGAUCCAAGGACUUAUCAAAUCCAGACUGCUCCGCCAAGGUUUUAUUAUUCCAGUGACAUGUAUGCCAUGCCACCAGAACACCAUGUCCCAGCAAGAGCCUAUUAUACAGAGGGCCGCAGACAUGCUAGAGUCAUUCAGGCACAAACAGAUGACUGGUAUGGCUCAGAUGCAUCUGGUUAUUCCACCAAUCCUGCCUCUUAUGUAUCUCAAGUCACUCCAACUAGAGUCCGGCAAGAGCCUGUUUUAGCACCUUGGUAUACUGACCCAUGUGUAGAAUCUCAAAGAAUUGGUACAGAUUCAAAAUCUUACUCAAGGUCCUGGGACAAUAUUCUCAACUCCCGUGUAGAAAGAGAACAACCUCUUCCUGUACAGCGGGGUCAGAGCUAUGAUGAUCUUCUUGACUCCAGAAAGCCUCUAGCAGGCACAGGAGACAAACCGCAACCAGUGGUAGUCAAUCUCUCAAGUUCACCAAGACGCUAUGCAGCCUUAUCAAUGUCUGAUAACUCACUAAUUGACAAAAGCCCAGCAGAGAUAUCAAAGAGCUGGUUUGUCACUCCUGAGAUAACAAUCACUGAUAAUGACAUUCACCCACGGAACCUUAACAAGGCUGAAGGACGGUCUGCCAGUUGGGACAUUCUUGACUCCAGAAGCACUGAGGGUCCAGAAUUGUCUCCGUGUGACUUUGAAAGCUCGACCAAAGAGAAGACACAUGACAAUGCUUCACUACAGCAAAGCCUUGAACAACUUGAUGAGCUUCUGGCAGAUCUUGUGACUGACUACAAGCCACCAAGUAGAAGGGCAAGUGAAGACAUUCUGGACCAAUUAAAGAAGUUAAUUGAUGAGGAAGAAGCAGUAUCUCUGUCCAGAAAGAGCUCAAAGACAGAUACAGAGGAGCCAGCUCCUCUUGACAAGCAGCCAACCUCAAUAAGAAUGAAUCCUAAUGCUUUUCGAGAUAUGGAUGGGGUCAGUGAUGCACUGAAGAGUGCAGAUGAGUGCUCUCCAGAUCAGAGCCCAGAUGAGGAUGAUACAAUGAUGUGCUCUAACAACAAAUGCCGGAGGACAGAAACCCUGUUCAAUGCUUGUCUAUAUUUUAAAUCCUGUCACAGCUGCUACACCUACUACUGUUCCCGUAACUGUCGGAGGGAGGACUGGGACCUUCAUAAAGAAAGCUGCCUUUAUGGAAGAAUUGGCAGCACAUGCCGUCACAUCAUCAAAUAUUGCCGGGAGACAGUUGAAGUCCACAAAGCCUUCUCCCGUAUUGCCAAAGUUGGCUACCUUUCUCGAGGUAGAGGAGUUCUCUUCCUUGGUUUUCCAAAUCCUUUGUCAUCCAGUAACUUCCUGCAGUAUGGUCUGGAUAGUCUACUUAUGUCACCUACAUACCUGUCUCUUCGAGAGCUUGAAAGUUUCAAGGACAAUCUAGGGGAGUAUUGUAAGGAGCUACAGGAAGCUGGUAAAGAGUAUGACCCAAAUGAAUGUUUCAUCUUGAAUGUAUCCAUUGCUGUUGGUGAGCAAUUGCCUGAAGGGCCAUCACCAAGGAACCAAGCUCCAACUGUCAGAAAAUAUGCAAAGAUAGCACUGGCUUCCUUCAGCCCUGAGAGAAAGGUUCACAAGAAAGAGAAUGACAUGGAAACACUGAUCCUCACGCCACCUCCAGGAACAGCAGAUAUUGACAAAGAAGGAGAGGAAGGCAGGAAGGCCAGGGAAAUCUGUUUUAUCAAUAUACAAAGGGAGUUAAGGAUUCGAGGGGUUUUUCUACGCCAUGAAUACCCACAGGUGUAUCAACAGCUCUGUGAGUUUGUAGAAAAAAACAGAAGGUUCACACCCACAACUAUUUAUCCUAUUGAUAAGAGGACUGGUAAACAGUUUAUGUGCAUGAUAAUGGCUGCCUCCGAGCCCAGGACACUGGACUGGGUAGGCACCCCACAUCUCCUUGAUGACAUUAUUUAAGUGCAACUUUUUGUUUUAAAUACAGGACAUACAGUACAUAACAAAACUGUGUAUACCCCUGGUCAAUAUCAGUAAAAUGUAAUCCUUUCUAUUGAAUACAGUUUUGUUUUUAGCCAAAGCCCAAGAAGAAUGAAGUCAGUUCUUUUGAAAAACAAAAAUGUCUGACUAAUUGAACUGUAAUGAAAGGUCCAUCUUUAAGAAUCAACUGCAACAAAAGUCAGUGAAAUUCCAUUCCUUUUUUUUAAACAGUUGGUACUGCAGCCCCUUUUGACCCAUUUUUACAUAGAAUGCAUUUGAAACAUAUCUGCAACACUAUAUUCAUCCAAACUAGUUUACAUUUCAUCAGCCCAGAUUCCCCUCUGUCCUGUAGCAGGCUGUUAUGAAAGUUAACAUAAAAUGUACAUUAUUCAUGAUUGGCUGGAGGUAAUGACUCAUGUUCACCCCCAGCCAAUCAGAAUAGGACCUAAUGGAUAAUACAAAACCUCUUAGGCUUUGUCUUACGUAAUGGCUGAAGCUGGAAAUGCAAGACAGUAUAUAAAGAUAAAGGAACCAGAGUUUGAUCCUGAAUGGUGAGGAGACGAAUGUGCUGCUGCAAGCUGGAGACUUCAACUGUCAUUUUUUCAGAGGCAGCUAGCUUAGCUUUAGCAAAGCUAUUUGCAUUUAGCUGAGUAAUGCUCCCUACUAGGGGUGAAAGAAAAGAAACUGAUUCAUAUAAGAAUUGCAAUUCAUAGCUUCUACAAUUCUGAGCCGAUUCACAGAUGCUAAAAUCCUAUUUUUGUAAUACUGUUGAUGGAACAAAAAAGGUGGAACUGAACUGCAAGGCGAGUACAGCACAUGUUGGUUUGUACUGCAGCAUUAGUUCAUCUUCAGAAAACGAAACUGAGUGACUACUUCAUAACACAUCAACAUACUUACAAUAGUGUAGCGGAGAACCAAAGGUUUUAACAAAUGAGAGCAGCUCAGCAAUGUGCACUGCAGCUCUUAAAACUGGUGGAGCAAAAAAAGAACCUUGUUUCUACAGACCUGUGCCCCUUUUGGAAAAUAAUAAUAAAUAAUAAAACACUGUAGCAGAGAAGCUGUUCUCCACUGCUGCAGAUGUAAUGUUAACAACACAAACGAGUGAUCUGCUUUGUACAUAGUACUCAGAUUGUUUAUUGACGGAAAAGUAGCAGUACCACAGUGUAAAAUACUCUAAGUGAAAUAUUCAGUUAUAAGUAAAGGUCUUGCAUUUGAAAUGUCACUUAAGUAAAAGUACAAGUAUGUUACCAAAAAGUAAAAGUACUCAUUAUGCAUUAUGCAUAAUGGUAUUA